UAGCCAAUAAAUAUUAUAAUUUGUGAAGGCUCAAACGCCAUUGCUUUCUCUCCAUAAAUUUCUCUCUUUCAAUUUAAAAGACUCUGUGAUUUUAGCUCAGAUUUUUAUCACCUUUCCCUUUGAAACUCCUCUAUUAAGGAAGAAUUUAAUAAAUUCCUAGGUGUUCGACAUUGCUGUGUUUCUUGAUCAUCGUUAAUUUCUUGUUCUUUUUAUUAAUUUUCUAUUGUAUAUUUGAGUCAUGGAUCCUGCAGAGCUACGUCGGGUUUUCCAAAUGUUUGAUAGGAAUGGAGAUGGCAAGAUCACAAAGAAAGAACUCAGCGACUCGCUACAAAACUUGGGUAUUUUUAUACCCGACAAAGAUUUGGUUCAAAUGAUUGAAAAGAUAGAUGCUAAUGGAGAUGGGUUUGUUGAUAUUGACGAAUUCGGAGGAUUAUAUGAAACGAUAAUGAAUGAGAAGGACGAAGAUGAAGACAUGAGAGAAGCAUUCAACGUUUUCGAUCAAAACGGAGAUGGGUUUAUCACGGUGGACGAAUUGAGGUCGGUUUUAGCAUCCUUGGGGCUGAAGCAAGGAAGAGCUUUAGAAGACUGCAAACAAAUGAUAAAGAAGGUGGAUGUGGAUGGAGAUGGGAUGGUGAACUUCAAGGAGUUUAAGCAGAUGAUGAAAGGUGGUGGGUUUGCUGCCCUAGGUUCAAGUUAAAUUCACACAUGCAUAGAGAAGGUUAAUCAAUUAUGGUUUAAUAUUUUUAGGUGAACAAAAAUUAAGAGAGGGAGCCUUUUGCAAUGGACUUCUUUGUGUCAUUUAUAGACAAAAAUGUAUCAUUUCUGAUGAUGAUGGCUUAUUUAUGAUCAAGUCAUAGUUGUUAUACAUCUCUUUUAAUUUGUAUUCACUCUUUGUAUUUUUUUUUAAAGCUUUUAUAGCUGUUGUUGUGUUAUUUUCUCUUCAUAGGCAAAAGAGAAAUCUUUGUCUUUCUACUUAUCUUUGUCUUCCUCUCUCUAUAUUAUGCUA